AUGGAAUUCGGAAUUCAUCCUUUACCUUUAGAUGAUAUCGACAACCAAGACAAAGUUAACUUAAGAGACUUAAUCCUGCGCCGACUUUCAGCAGCAAAAGAGCAGAAGCAGCGAACUACACAAAGCUUGUCAUUAACUCCAGAUAAUAAUCAAUCAUCUUCUACUUUUUUACCUCAAGCUUUCCAAACUCAGUCUCCAGAUAUUGAAAAGCAGCUACUUCUAACGAUGCUGGAAAAAACCCAAACCUUAACCAAUCAAAAUCAAGUCACUUUUGCCCAGGAAAGGAAAACUCUUGAAAACCAAAUCGAAUCUCUGCUAUCACAAGUUCACAAUUUGCAGCAAAGAAAUAUCGCUUUGAGCGAAGAAAUGGAAAAAUAUAAAAAAUAUCCAGGAAGUGAUAUGUCCCAUCUCCAAUUUUUGGAGGAACUGAAAAGCUUAGAAAAGAUCAGUGAUGAGAGAGAAAAGAAAUAUUGCGAAGAAAUAACGAGUCUUAAGCGUGAGCUUUCAGAAGCAAAACUAUUGAGUACUUUAGAAAGAAGUAGUUCAUAUCUGAACAGUGAGGAAAAAUCGCAAACAGUUUUAAGCAAACGACUAAUUGAGCUGGAAAAUAAAUUUGAGGAGGCAAAAAAAAUUAUAAUUGAUAAAGAUAGAGAACUAAAAAAAUUCCAAGAUAAUUUAGCAUGAAGCCCACAAGGAAAUAUAGGGAUUUCAAUAAAGGGAAACUCAGAAUUGAAAGCAGAGAAUGAAAAAUUGGAAAGGAACAUGAAAAGGCUGAUUAGUAUGUCAUGCAAAAGAGAAGCUGUGCUAACUGAAGAAAUAGAAAGGCUUAGAAAUACCAGUUCACAUUUAAAUGAACUGACGCAUAACAGAGAAAUUGAGCUUCAAUCUCAAAUAGAAAACCUCACAACGUCAAUGACUAAUUUACAGAAGAACUUUGAGCAGCAAGAAGGAAUUUAUCAUAAAGAAAAAACUAAUUGGCUUGAAGAAAGAGACUCAUUGAUUUCUCAGUUGAAGCAGCUAAAUGAAAGAUAUAUACAAGCUGAUCAAAAUAGCUAUAAUAGGAUUAGAAAAGAACUUGAUGGAGUUUAUGAAACUCUUGAAGAAAAAGACCGCAUAAUUGAUCAGCUGAGAGAAUCAGGGCUCUUUGUCAUUGAAAAUACUCAAUCAUUUGAAAAUUUAGCUGAAAUUAAAAAUCAGCUGUCUGGGAUUCAUAGUGAGCUGGAAAAAUUGAACCAAAAUACUGUGGCUGUAAAUGAAGCUUACUCAAAAGAGCAAACUGAAAGAGAUGAAGAAAUUUAUAAACUACAUAAUGAGCUGCAUAAUAAAAUGGCUUUGCACGGAGUGGUUAACUACGUAAACCUUUCCUCUUCUGUGAAUUUUAUUAUUAUUGUGAUCGGUUUAUCUGGUGCAACUGUAUCCACAUGCCAUAUAUGGUUUAUUGUAAUUGCCCGAGGAUGGCGCUAUCUUGCGCCAUCCUCGGGCAAUUACUAUAUUGCAUGAGGAAAGUCAUUUGGUCCAGGAUGCUAGGACGUAUAGGGGUUUUCCCCGCUUUUAACACUAAAGGAAUGCGACCCUUAGGCGGAACUGACGCAGGAGUCAAGUCUGGAGCGAGGUCAACGCGACCAGUGGAGGCUUUCAGGCUCUUUUGGAGAGUCUUCUGGAAUGUUUGCUAGACAAGAUAGCUGCUGAAGCCAUCAAUUGGAGUUAAAAGGGAGUUUUUGCUAUUACUCUCUGCAAAAAGAGAGAACUAUUAAAAAUCUGAGUAAUAAUGCGUGCAUAACGAGCUGACAGAGCUAAGACACAAAAUGUCAGUAUAUGAAGGAAAAAAAUAUGAGAGUGAGAUAAGUACAUUGAGGAUUGACCUUCAAAAAGCAUUAAGCGAAAAAGCUCACGCAAAAAGGCUAAUUCUUGCUUAUGUCCGAUCAGUCCAGCACUUAGAAAAAAUACUUUCAGAAAAGCAAAGCUUUUCUUUAGAUGAUCAAAUCGCGACUUUGCAACUAGAAAAUUCCAGACUUCAAGAAGAAAAUCAAAGCUUAGUAGAAGCAAGACAAAAAUUGUCCGAGACAUAUGAAGCUGAAAUGAAACAGCUGCAAGAUUUGAUUGAUAGCCAAUAUCUCAAAAUCCAAGAUUUACAAGCAAAAACUGAAGGAAGCUCAAAAGCAAGACUAAAAAUGAUAAGCGAGCAAACCCAUGCUUGGGAACUUAGACAAAAAACACUCCACGAGCUAAACAGACAGCUUCACGCACAUGUGGGGCUAAUUGAAGCAAAAUCCUUAACAGAGCUUCAAACCAAAGAAAUCCAAGACUUAAAAAACAAGUUUGAAACCAAUAAAAAAGGCCUAAUUCAGCUCAGAGAAAGAUGGGAAAAACAACGAGAAGAUAUGAGACUAGAAAUAGUAAAUCUUAAGCAAAAAAUUGUCGCCCUUGAAAACAAAGAUCAGCACACCACUCAAGAGCUGAAUAAACACUACAAUACAAUUGUGAAUAAUUCAAAAGAAAAUUUGAAAUUAGAAGAAACCAGGCUCAUUGAAAUGAAAACCCAAAACGAAAUUUUCAAAAAAACUUAUGAAGAAUUCGUAAGAAAACAAAAAAAUUUUUAUGAAAGCAAUGAUAAUUUAAUCAAAGUAAUGAAAAAGGAAUGCGAAUUGGUAGGGAAAGAAAUAGAAGAAAUAAAAAAUAUGCAUAAUGAUGAAAUUAAAUUCAUCAGAGAAACAGGACCUUUUGCAGAAAUGCAACAAUUAAAACAAGAAGUAAAGGAUAGAGAAAGGAGUAUGAAGGAAUUAGAAGAUUAUAUUAGGGUGCUAGAGGAUAAGCAUAGCAAAGAGGUGGAGUCAUUUUUGAAGCUUGAUGAAAGUGAUACACGUAAGAGGAAAUGAAUAUAA